AUGAGCAAGUUGACAUCUCCUUCUCCCCGCUGCAAUGGCAAUUACCUUGUCUCCAUUAAAGACCCAGAAGAGACCAAAACGCUCACUAACCCAUUGAUCUCCAAAAGCACAACGUCCCAACCAGAGCAAGUACAGAAGAAGCUACAACUAAACGCACACCACCAAACACACAAACCCCACAAAAAAUCCCAUUUCUCCUUGGCUCUAAAAGAAGCCAAUUCCAUAGCCAGCAUAGCUUUUCCCAUGAUACUCACUGGCCUUUUACUUUACUCCAGGUCAAUGAUCUCCAUGCUCUUCCUCAGCCAUCUCGGCGAGCUCGCUUUAGCCGGUGGGUCCCUUGCCGUCCACUUUGCUAACAUCACCGGUUACUCGAUUCUCUCUGGCCUUGCCAUGGGAAUGGAACCCAUUUGUGGUCAAGCUUUUGGUGCCAAAAGGCAUACGCUGCUUGGCCUCUCUUUGCAGAGAACAGGUCCACAAGAAAACCUGGGGAGGGAUUUCAAUGGACUGCUUCAAAGGCAGUGCCAAGCUGCAUUUCUGUGUGCCUAG